AUGUUAUUAUGUUUAUUUUUAUUGAAUAAAUUAUUGUUAUUAUUAUUAUUGUUACCAUUAUUAUUAUCAUGCAAGAAUUUUCAAAGCAACGGUUACAUUUCACCACAUACAAGAAGCGUCACAAAAAUAACUACAUCGAGAACAUUAAGCGAAUUUGACAAAUAUAAAAAUAAUUAUGAUGAUGAUCCUGAGAUGAAAGAAUUAAUGAAAAGAUUUAAUGAGCGAACAGCAGUACGAUUGAAAGAAUAUGAUGAACAAAAAAAGAAGAAGCAAAAAAUAUAUAAAGAAAAAAAAGAUAAAGAUAUAAAAGAAAUUAUUGUAAAAGAUAAAAUACAAAAACAACUAACAAAACAAUUAUCAAAGUUAGAAAAAGUAACUGAUACGGACGAUUUAUUUAAAGGUAAAAAUGAAAAAAAGGUAGCAACUAAAGGGAAAAAAGGUCGUAAAAAAAAUAAGAAAACAUUAGGUCAAACAUUAUCAGAAUGGAACAUUUUACCUAAUAUUGAUAUGUAUGAAUGGAUACCGUUUUCUUCUAAGGAAGCUAAAGUUGAUUGUAAUAUAAAAAAUAUAAAACAAGCUCUUACUAGAGUUGGUUAUAUAGGUCCUAAUAAAUUUGUUACUCUUGGUAGUAAAGAUGGAAAAGAUGCUAUUGAUAUGGAUAACUUAUUUAGUUCUAUUAUGAGUUCUUCUAAUGCUUUAUAUCAAAAAUAUAUAGAUAAAGAUGAUACAUCUAAUGGUAGUAGUUUUAAAAAACAAAGUGGUUUUCUCUCUUUUGCUCUUUAUGCGUUAUGGGAGAUUUUUGAACAUAUUGUACUCCCCGUUGUCACUUCUAUGUUGUUGAAUGGUAACGAUUCUGAGAGUCAAGUUUCUGGGGUUGAUGGUCAUGGACAUGAAGUUGCUCAUGGUGUUAGUGUACUUUAUGAAUCCUUUAUUGCAUUAUAUACUAUAGCAUCAAUUCUAUUAAUUCUUUAUUACAUUUUAAAAUAUUAUAGAAAAAUAAGAAUGGAAAAAAAAGAGAAAUACAUGAAAAUAUUACAAGAUUAG